CGUUCAGUUCCAUGACUUUCUUCUUGCGAAAUUCGUUAUUAGCCCUUCUCAAACUAUUCCAAUGGUCACCUUUGCUGGCUACCCUGGAUCCCUUCAAUUCUGUUCGGAGCAUCGACGGAGACUCUACGGUCCUCGAGAGACACAACUUCCUGUGGCCAGAUCCUCCGGCAAACUAUCUUCCCGCCGGAUUCGCCUCGAGCAAUAGAAGCAGUCGUGUCUCUGCUCAUGACCACCAUUCUUCCCCGUCAUCCUCCACUCUCACAUAUGCACUCUUGAUUUCCCAGCACAAACACUACUUGUCAAACUUCGUGGAUUCUCUAGGUCAGGCCAUACUCCAGACUGUGGUUACCUCUGCUGACAUUUAUAUUAGUUUUGCUUUACUCUAACCAGUUGAUUUAUUUUAACAGUGGUUUUUGCAGCAUCCUGGUCUUGGUUGCCCUCAACCUUGGUCUCAUAUGUCUGUGUUCUGUCACUUGCCUCCAGUUUAAAAACAAAAUUCGUCUACUGGUCCUCCCAUCAUGGGGUAGCCUUGAAACCAUUUUCGGGAGUGACAGGGAAUCUCUAAGUGCAGCGGUUUCACUCGAGCUAUCCGGGACCGAGAGCGUAUGCGUCACUCCCGACCAAGAAGCGUACCACAGCGAUUCAGGUUUGCUUGCUACACAACAAGACAUCUUGCGAGCUCCCAACAUACAUGCCCUACAUGAGGAUCUGGACAGUCCCAAAGUUAUUGGCGCAGCCCUACACCUAUAUAACAGUCGAUGUGUAUUGCCACGUGAAACAGC